AUGGAGGAGGAGUGCGCUUGCCUCUGCUGCUUGGGCCUUCCGCAGGGAUGCCAGGGUCCCCAGCACCACCGGGGACCAGCUGAGAUGGCGGCAGCCGACAGCAGGCCGGCCCCGGCCCCUGGAGAGCAGCACGCGGCUGCCAACACGGCGGUGGCUGGGUCCUCUGCGGGCAGGGGCGGGACCAGGAGCCCCGCGGCACCCGUCCUGUCCCCGCGCUGCUGCUCGCUGCAGGACCUGCCUCCGGAGCUGCUGGUGCAGAUCUUCGCCUCGCUCCCCGGCACCGACCUGGCUCGCGUGGCCCAGACCUGCACCAGAUUCCGCCGCCUCCUGCACGUGGACAGCAUCUGGAGGCGGCGCUGCCGGGAGGAGUACGGCUGUGGCGGAGACUGGCGGGACCUGGAGACGGUGGGCGUGUCAUGCCGAGAACUCUAUGCGGAGCUGCUCCACCCUUACAGGCACGUGUUGGGACUGUGGCAGCCGGAUAACCAGCCCUACGGAGGACUGCUGGGGGUGGCGGUGCACGGCCUGUGCAUCUUCGGUUGGACGUACCUGCCACUCCACGACCCCUCGGUGUGUGACGCGAUGAAAUUCAAGCCCGCGUUCAGGAUUAGCCUGACGGGGCGGACGCGGGUGGCGGUGGAGUGCCUGCUGGGCCGCCGGGGGCCCCACGGCUGCCGCUACCGGAUUGGGAAGGACGGGUUCUGCACCCAGUGCCGCCUGCCCGGCCACCACAGGAUCUCUGACUGGAGCACCCAGGAGCUAGGGACGUGGCUGAGGGAAGAAUGGGGGCGGGCGCUGCCGGACGUUCUCCAGAACGACAGGCUGCGCUUCGUCCUGAAUAAGUUCGUCUGCCGUCGGUUCGACAACAGCUGGGCUUACCGCCGCCUCUACCUCCCGCCGAGCCAGCCGGGGGACCUCAUCAGGCCGGGCCUCUUCCAGGGCACCCACAACGCCUACAGCCUGGAGGUGGUCCUGCUCAGCUUCCACGGGGAGCACGCCAGGGUCACGAAGGUCACGGGUGACCGCCACGUCCCCGCCGGGCAGCAGGUGCUGGAGAUCCACCUCGGGCGCCGCAUCCAGCUGCCCCAUUGCUUCAGUGAGUACCCCCGCCUGAUCCAGGAGGUGCAUGAGCAGGUGAUCCGGGAGCAGCAGCAGCGAGAAGACAGGACCGAGGAUGGCGAGGGCCAUGGCUGGCUGAGCCCCGUGCAGCCCGGUGUCGGGGAGUCCCCGGCUGCAGCUCUGGCAGAGCAGCCCGUGCAGUUUGUUCUGCCUGCGGGCAUGAGCUCAGGAAUCCAGAACUACCCCCGGACCUGCAGGAUGUGUUUCUACGGCUUCGCCUACACACAGCGCAUCCCCGGAGUCUUCCUCCUGUUCGACGAGGAUCACUUCGGGUUCAUCUGGCUGUACCCCAACUGCCUCAGCCUGUACCACAGAGUCCAGGUCACCUUCCCGAAUGCCGAGGCGCCGUCCCCACAGGCCUUCCAGGAGAUGCUCGAGAACAUUCAGUCCCCGUCCCCUGCCUUCAGGCCACCUUGGGGCGAAGAGGCUUCAGAGGAAGAGUAG